CAAAACUGGGUAAUAGAUGUAUAGUUCAUACCAUUGUACAAAAGUUAACAUGUUAAAUUUUCCUACAAGGUUUGACUUGUAUAUUUAAGCAAUAGAUCACACCAGGCUGUGGUAUGUGCUCAUUAUACCACUGUUAAGGGGCGUUGUCCGGCCCCGACGCGCAGCGGAGGGCCGGCGACCCCCUUCACAGUGGUAUAAUGAGCACAUGCCACUGACUGAAGUGAUCUAUUGCUUUUAUACAACGGUUACUGUUAUGGCGAAACGAAAGUCAUAGACACACUACAUUUAAAAAGAAACCAAGAAAGUCAAAGUAGCCGUUUUCUUAAAGAAUACAAAAAAGUAGUCCCUCCUGGCUGCCGCAAUGCAUCGACGGUCGCUAUGCAACACACUUUAGCGUCCCUCCGAGAGAAGGCUCCGAUAGAGCGGUUCGCCGGCAAUUUAUCCUAUGGAGCAGUUCACUCGCCGUGUGCCAAAGCUUUCGUUAGUCUCUCCAUCGCCUUGCUCACUCCCGGAGUAACAACAUUUACACCCACUCCAUCAUCCAACAUAUGUUUUACUUUGUAACUGUUUCUACUUCCAGGCGCGGAGUGAUAUGCAAACUUUCACAAAAUGAUCGGGCGUCAUAGCAGUUAUGUAUACGCUCAUUAUACAACAGUUGGGAACCAAUCAGAUCGCUGGAUUUAGGUCCCCCGUUGUAUAAUCUAUUUUUUAUCCUAUUUUGCAGUUAGUAAUAUCGAAAAUAUUCAACCACAUAAAGUGCAAUGGAAGAAAAGGUCGGAAGAGCUGCAGUCCCGAAUCAAUGAGCUGGAGGAGGAGAAUGCUUUGCUCAAGCAGCAGCUUGAGCAAAGGCCUUCAGCAAAUCAAGGUGCGAAAAUGGACAACACUGCCACCGACCCAGAGUCAGACACUGACUGGAGUUCCAACUCCAGCACUGACUCCACCGAUUCCAGGAGCAGUGAUACAAGCUCUUCCUCCUCUGAUGGCCGCAAGAAAAAGAGGAAGCACAAAAAGAAAAACAAAAAGAAGAGCAAAAAGGCUUCAAAGAACAAAGGACUUCGAGUGACAACAAUAUCGGAUGUUGUUAAAAGGUACCACCGGGUCCUUAAACUAAUUCAAAAAGGACGCAAGAUGUCGAGGGCAUUCCUGAAGGCACGCGUUUCUAGAAACGCAGUUAAAGACACCGCAGCAAUAGCGGAGCUCUACAUUGCAGAGAGGAGUGUCCUGGAUGGAAUCAAAGGCGAACAGAGGCUCCUUCAUUUAGCAAAGCUCUGCCAGUCCAAAAUUGUUGGAGAACUUGCACUUAAAAUUGAAGACCUGAAGAGGAAAAAAAAACUCAUACCAUUCUCCAAAAAGGGUUAAAGGGACAGGGGUGAAAGGAGAGAGUUUUUUUAAUUAAAGGAUAAAUCCUGUGUAAAAUGGAUCUGGGAUAUGUUUAAUAUGAUAAUGAGAUGGGAUGUUCGUUUGGGAGCAAAAAAGCACAUGCAGACGCAUUCUUAAGUUGGCUGUUUUUAGCCGAUUCUACCAAAACGCUAUAAGCUUGGAACGAUGUCUCAUGGUAAAAACAAAAUCGCUAUUUUAAACCACUUAAAAGGCUAGAAGUCCGACACUUCUUUGGUAGUAUAGUAAGGGUCUUAAAAUAUAAAACGAGGCAUUGAUAACUUUGUAAGUGUACAGAUUGUUUAUUCAUGGCUGCCGCGGGUUUUUAAAAGGUAGUAAAAGGUAGUAAAUUAAAUUAGGCCAAAUUAAAGCCAGUAAAAAGUAGUAAAAAGUAGUAAACGUCAUCUGACGAGGUAGUACAUUUUCGAACCCUAAUCCAACUGGACCAAUGCCUUUUUCAAUUAAUGUUACUAACGUGAAGGCCUAGCUUCUUCAAUAAACUUGCGUGAAUAUAUUUUUAUGUUGCGAGUAGGACCUGUGACCUAGGAUUCACGUGUA